CUCAAUUUUUGUCCAUUAUACCUACACUCAUUCGUUCUUUUUUCUUCCACAAAUGGAUACUUGCUCUCAUGAUUACUGUUCAGGAAGUAAUAUGAUGGGAACUGAAGAAAAUGGAGAAGUAAUGUACGGAUGUGAAUCGACGACGAUGGAGAUGAUAGCAUUGGCCAACAAUCGGGAUGGGGAAACAGGGGAUUGGAUUCAAUUGAACCGGGAUUGUGAAGGCAAAUGUAAUAUAGAGAGAUGAGUAGAACGAGCAACACGAUGAGCUCCACCUCCUCCUCCAAUGGCCAUCUCGCCGUCACCAUUGGCAGCGGCCACCCUUGGUGUGAUGAACCUGUCGCGGUCUCCGUCAACAACGAACGAUGACGACUUGGUUAAUGGCUUAUCAAAUUUACUCAAAUCAAUUCCCGAUAAAGGGAUUAGUGGGGAUGACGUUGAUAUAUUAAAGAGGAAGAAUGCAUCUGGAACCAAUACAUAUCCUCGGAGAAAGAGGUUUCUAUGGGAAUUUUUGCAAGAUCUUACUCUUAUAAUCUUGGUUAUAGCAGCUGUGGUGUCAUUGGUACUUGGAAUAAAAACAGUGGUUGUUGCUUUCUUGGGAGUGCUUGUGUAUUAUGGAGAUGAACUGUGGGAAAUGUUUGGUUAUGAAGAACAUCCGUAUAGAUUUUAUACAACGGAUGUUCUAGCCAUUGUUUUAGUGGGAUUGCUCUAUGGCUUCUUCAUAUUACGUGCAAAUGUCCCACCAGAUCGGUGGUGGUUGAGAUUAAAAUUUCAGUUCCUUGUUGCUAGGGAUCAUGCAUUCAUUUUCAUAAUUGUUCAACUGGUUGUUGCUUUCUUGGGAGUGCUUGUGUACAAAUUUUAUGGAGAUGAACUGAGGGAAAUGUUUAGUUAUGAAGAACAUCCGUUUGGAUUUGAUACAAUGGCUGUUCUAGCCAUUGUUUUGGUGGGAUUGCUCUAUGGCUUCUUCAUAGCCAUACUAUGUGGCCAAAGAAUCAAUGAACGCCACUAUCAUGUUCUUGCCAAACAAGAAUCGACUAAGGAAUAUGUGGUAAAAGAUCGAGAGCAUGUAAAGAAUGUGCCUCUAGUUACGUGACAGAGCUAAGGAUGUUGGGCCUUUACUAAUUGGCUUGUCUCCAUGGUUCAUUUCACAUUAGUAGAUCACAUUGGUCGUUUAGAGUGAUCACCCACCAAUAUGGCUGUUUGGGCAAUGCGCAACCACGUGGGUGUCGUUUGUUUUUACAGAAAACUUAUGAAAGAAAUAUGCUAUACUUCAGCUAGAAACUUUGUGAAUUGAUGUUGUUUGGGGUGGAAUGUAAAGGAAAAAAAAUUGCAGAUCCUGCAAACCUGUACCUGUUGCAUGACUAUGUUUGUGCUUGUAACCCUCAAUUCACCCUUAUUUUGCAUUA